AUUCUCAACUAAAGCUACCCUUUCUGCAUUCCUACUAUACAUAGACACCCCAAACCUCAAAUGUGAGUAAAGGAAUGUGACUGACUUGACCCUGGUAGUUUAAAUGUAUACAUCGGGGUACAGAGUUGCCUAUUUGUGCUGCCUUUGUGAUCUUAAAUGCCUCCUGCUUUUGUGUCAGUAUCAUCUCUUACUACUGGGCUGUGCCUUAGCACUGCUAAUCCACCCCACUCCCCGAUGCCUUCUGACACAAUGACUAUGCUCACAGACGGAAAAAGGAGAAAAGCUCUGGGGACGCGGUCGUGCAGGUCUCAAACGGAUCUGCUGUUAAGCAAAGCCUGAACCUUUCUGCCAUUCUUGACUUGGCUGGGUUCCUGGCUUGGCUCGGGGUUAGUGAUCUGGUAUGGUCUAGGAGGCUUAGGACCCAGGGGGCGCCUUUCAGCUGAAAAACACCUCGGCUGCAGCAAGCUAGCUGGGAAGCUGCCGGUUCUAAAGAGAGGCUGUUUACCAGAAGAGCAAUAACAAGGGCCGGUCUGACUGCAAGGCUGGGAACCAGGAGGCAAAACCGCUGCCAAGGAGACCCCAUUUGGACGCUAGCGGUUCAGUCACCUGCAAGCCGGAAGAGGCGAGGAUGCUGUUGGCUUGGGCACACACAUUUCUUCUCGGCAACAUGCUUCUGGCAGGAGCCUAUGGCUCUGGAGGCUGCUUCUGGGACAACGGCCACCUGUACCGGGAGGACCAGCCCUCGCCCGCGCCGGGUCUCCGCUGCCUCAACUGGUUGGCCGCGCAAGGCGGCCGCGAGCCGCCCAUCGAGCCCAGCCCCGGCAACCACAACUACUGCCGGAACCCGGACCAGGACCCGCGCGGGCCCUGGUGCUACGUCAGCAGCGAGACGGGCGUCCCCGAGAAGCGUCUUUGCGAGGACGUGCGCUGUCCAGAGGCCACUUCCCAGGUACCUUCAGCCUCUACAACAGAGUUGGAAGGGAAGUCUGAUGCACCAGGUGACAAAGAGGCACGGGUGUUCCCUCCUGCUAACGUCCUGCCAGCCAGGAGUGAGGCCGCAGAGGUGCAGCCAGUGAUUGGGAUCAGUCAGCGUGUGAGGAUGAACUCCAAGGAGAAGAAGGACCUGGGAACUCUGGGCUAUGUGCUGGGCGUUGCUAUGAUGGUGAUCAUCAUUGCCAUCGGAAUUGGCAUCAUCUUGGGCUACACUUACAAGAGGGGGAAGGACCUGAAAGAGCAGCAUGACCAGAAAGCGUGUGAGAGAGAGAUGCAGCGAAUCACCCUGCCCCUGUCUGCCUUCACCAAUCCUGCCUGUGAGAUCGUGGAUGAGAAGACGGUCAUCGUACACAGCAACCAGACUCCUGCUGACCCUCAGGAAGGCAGCACCCUCCUUGUGGGCCAGGCUGGCACCCCUGGGGCCUGAGCCCCUGCAGUGGGCAGGUGCCCCUGCAGACACUGGUACAGGACAGGCCACCCUCCUGCCGCUGGGAGGAGCUACAUUUUGUGUUGUGGUUAAAACCCUAUCCCAUUUUUCUUUUGAGGGGGAGAUGUGACUCCUCAUGACACAGCAGAAGCAGGUAGCGUCGUGGGUGAGUGUGUGGAGGCUGGGUAGGGUCCUUUCUGUCCCACGAAGAGGAUUUGCCUGUGGAUAGUGACUGGCACAGUAACUAAGUGGUGCUGUGGCAAAUAAGGGCUUCCACAUUGCCCGAGUCAGGGAGACAGGGAGCUUGCCAAAGCCCCUGUGCUGUACACCCAAGGUGGCCUCAGUCUCUGCCUUUCCAUUUGUCACCCAGGAACUUGAGUGGCAUAUACUGUUAUUCAUAGUUAAGGUCAAACAGGUCAUGCAUGAGGCAGCAUUAAAUAUAUAUACAUAUAGUAUUUGGGGAUAGAAGGUCCCUUCUGAGAACCAAAAGUCAAUUUGUACAACAGUCAGAACUUGGGGCUGCAAAUGGGUUCUAGAUGAGGGCUGCUGGGUGUGCUCCAGCUUGCUGGCAGUGACGUGCCUUGAUAACUGUGGGCCAGGCCUGUGCCCAAGGGACUCUUCCUGCUUUUGUAAGGAAAUAAAGGGAAGAACUGCACUGAACAUUCCGCUUAGGAAGACACAGGAGAAGGGCCCACUUCUGCCUUCAACCUCAGCUUUGGGUAUCCACUCUCUCUCUCUCUCUCUUUUCAGGGGUGGGUAGAGCUUCUCCAUUUUGUAUUGAUAAGGGAAUAGUCAGCCAGCCCAUGGGAAUUACAUGUCAGCAUCUGGUGAGCUGGAGUAAGCCCAGAGGUUAGGUAACAAAGGCGUGGUCGGGCUCACCUCGGCAGUACACCUUGGUUCACAGGCAGCCCCGUGGCCUGUAGGCCAGUGCCUUCCUUGGGGCUAGGAUUGCAACCUGUACAAAACAAUCACUGAAGCACUGGGAAAGACCUUAGGGUUUUUAAGUCUUUCAGACACAGGGUCUCCAGAAAGGGAAAAGUAUCCUGUCCAAGAUCAAAGCAACUUCUGGAUGGCCAGAGUGUCCCGAUUCCUGGCCUUGGCAGUGUUCCUCGGCCAGGAGCCCCUCCCUCUACUGUCCAGCAGAGGAUUGGGGUGGGUGGGGUCCACUCCCUUCACCAGGCUGCUCCCUGGAGCCAUCUGUUGAGGGGGCCUAGACCUCAGGGUUCCCAUGGCGGACUGUGGGAAAGAGAACAGUACUACUUCCUACUUUUCUAUGAAAGUAUUUCUGUGUAUGUUUUAUAUACCUCAUUCUGACACCUGUGUAUGAACUGUGGGAAAUUGCUCUGCAUUUGACUUAUAUAAACAUAAAACGUAACUCUUA